AUGAUCCCAAUAGAUGGUUGGAAUAAGACUAGUCAUAUUUAUCUCCAAAAGUUAGCUAAAAUCUUUGAAAGCAUCUGCCUUGUACAAGUCCCUCGGAUUCAUUUGAAUAUGGCCUACGGCAAUAUUGUAAUAGACCGCACAGUCAAAUACCCGUAUAUCCACGUAGCCGUUAACAGUAUUGCUCUGGGUUGA